AACGAAUUUCAGAAGGAUCGAUCGAAUAGCUAACUCGGAUUGAUUGAUUGUCCUGAAAGCAAAGAGUCGAGUGUCACGGAAUUUGCCAGAUGUACACUCGCCGACGAAGAUAUAUCGACUUCAAUCGGAUUUGAGGUCCUGGAUGGAUAUGUUCACACCUUCAGUGUCCCAGUGACAGCAAGAAAAAGUAUCAAAUCUGGAGCCACAGGGCGGACCCAAAAAUUCUUCUUCGAGGGGAACGAAAAGAAUGAAAAAACGCAAAGAGUUGGAUGCACUCCUAACCAUGCCUAACGGAAAGAAGAACGGGAAGAGCAAGCGCUCGAAGGAGGGUCACGAGCUUCUGCGCUUGGAUUCAGAGUCAAAUUCUUCAGAUAAUGAGGAACUCUUUUUGGCACCAAAGAAAACUGUUAUCAGGAGACCGAAGCCCUGCCAAUGCUGUACAAUGUGUGUGCCUCUUGUCAUGUUCAUCUUAACUAUGGGUUGUAUGGUCAUCACAGGGGGUCUAAUCUGGAUGCAUUUCAACCUCAAACAAGAUCUAGAUAACCUCAGAAGAUCGCUAGAAAAAGUUGAGAUAAAAGCAGAUAGUGCAUCAUCGCAACAGAAGACAAUUCUUAGCCUUGAAUCUGGGCUCGACAAAUUGAGCCAUCUCCCAGAAAAAGUAGAUGUUGCUGAUAUCAAAAUUAAUAUAUUAAACAAGUCACUGAGUGCUGUCCAAACAAAGCAAGAUGAAUUGGAUUCUUUAAAAGCCAGGAUAGCAGUCCUUGAGGGCAAAACAUCAUCUGCAUCAGUAGCCGAGCUGCAACAGAAUGUUGCUGAGCUUGGCAGUGAAGUAGAAGAUCUCAAAGGAAAACAUGAGACUCAGGAUGCGAAAGUAUCAGAUAAUGAACAAAAGAUAACAGAAUAUGAACAAAGGAUAACAGAAUUAUCGAAUGAGGUCGAUACCUUAAAGAACCAAAUAACUCUUUUACAAAAUCCACCUACCACCCCACCAAGCCCGGAGGUAGCUCCACCCACCUCUGCUUCAAGUGCCACAACCAAACAUCCUCCUGCUACAGAACCUUCAACAGGCUCGGCAAGCUCUGGACCCAAUCCACAAUUGAUUGAAGUCAAAGAGGAUAUUACGAGAAUAUGGGCUGCUGUUCAUGAAGUACAGAGCACUGCAACAAAUCUCUCCAGAGAGCAUGAGGAAGUAGUCGCCUCGUUGACUCAGCUUCGAAAGACGCUACUAAACGGUACAGCUACUUCACCUCCUUUGCUGCCCACUGUGGCUGGCCAUAGCAGCUCUGCUCCACAGGGUCUUCAGGCCAGUCAGUUUGACCUGGCUCAAAUGAAAGUAGAUAUUGAACUUCUGAAGGAUGAAUAUAACAGAAGCAUUGCAUCAAUGCCAGUAACAGACAUCAUUCCGAUAGAAGACUUGCCUAAUUUCAACGCUACAUGGUUGCAGUCAUUAACAGACAGGAUAGGAAGACUAGAGGAGAAAGUCAAAGAGCUUAAACCUGUUGAUGGCAACCCCAAUCUACUGAACGUCAAUGUCACCAACAGCAUGCAGAUGCUCCUAGAACGCUCCCUUGCGCAGUUCAAGAAUGAUAACUUUGCUGACGUCUCUACCCUCCAAAGUGAUGUCGAAACCCUUCAGCAAGAAAUAGCGGGUGCCAACUCGUUUGAUAAUGAAGUUGGGACUAGGAUUACAGCAAUCCAGGACCAGAUAAGCAAUUUAAAACGAGAGUGUAGUGCCUGUACACCUGCAGAAGGAGGACCAUUACCAGUCAAUAAUCCAACCGUUACCACAGGAUCAACAGAAAGCCCAUCAAGUACAACAGCAUCAGAAAGAACAGCAGAUGGUAGCAGUUAAAACUAGGGUAAGGGUUUCUAUCAGAUAAGCUGUUCUAAGAAUACCACUACUCCAGGGUAUCAUUAGAAAUACUGUGCGCCAAGUCCAUCUACUAGAACAUCAGAUUGGGUUAUUGGUUUUCAGUGCAUUGUGCAUGUCGAAGCGGAUGUUACCAAAGGAAGUACAAUUCUUACAAUUUGUCAGGAUCGAGCAAGGAAAUAUGUGUGAUGAUGAAUACUGAUGCAAUUGUGGAACAAACUUGCUGAAGAGGAAUAACAUAAAGGGUUGAAAGAGGAUCAGGAGGUGUAUGCAAGAUUUUAAUCUUCUUCUGGAAAAAGUGGCUGAGGAUGAGAAGACACAGCGUGAUAAAGUGAUAUACAUGUACAGUGUAUUGCUCACAACAGGAUCAAAUAUUUGGAAAGGAAAUGGUGGCCAAUUUGAUGAUUUUACUGACAGAUUUGGAAUGGGAUUGGACGUGCAGAGUGCCGAUGAAACUUUGGAGUGGCAAGAGAAUCAAGCAGAAAUUAGACUCAAGGGUUAGAUACCGGUAGGAAAAUCUGGUUUGAGAGGAAUUAGAACUAAAUGAAAUCUUGCUAGUGAAAUGGACGAGUCUGCACACCAUUUCUUGUAUUAAAAAAAAAAAUUGCUGUCAGGUUGAUGAGUUUUAAAAAAAAUUGAUAUACAAAAUCCCAGAUAUGGAAGUGUGUUUGAGGGUUGUUUAUUUAUUUUUUCCUAAUUUUUGGUUUCACCUUAAUUAUCAAAGAUCAUUUUUCUGAUGGGCAAUCCUUUGCAAUGUGUUCCAUAUAUGUAGUACUUAUGACACUUAUCGAUAUUUUUCAUCAAUGAAUGAAAAGUGUUUUGGUAUGACUAUGAUACAAGGAAACACCAUUACUCAGUAGUCAGAUCAAGACAUUCUUCAUUUUUGGAAGAAAUAUGUGUGGAAGAAAAGACAAAGUAUGUGACGCAUUGUAUGAAAUUGCCCUGAUGAUGACGUGACGUUCAUGGGUAAUGUUUAGAAGCUUUACUUGUAACGGAACGAUCAUAUCUGAUGUAGAAUUAAAUGUUUGCACCAUGUCAUUACUCUAUGCAACCGCUAACGAAUAUGAGGAGAUUGCAGUUUUGAUACAGUAUACCGGGAGCUUGGAAUAGCAGUUUCAUGUGCACUUUCAUUAGAUAUAGGGCAUGGCACAAUAUGCACACACACCACUAUAUUGGCUAUAUACUAGUCCCAAAACAUACCACUUGGUUUUUCUCUUUAAAAAAACACACAGAAGUCACAGAAAAUUAGCAGAAACAUACAUUCUAUGUACAUGUAUUGGAAGUAUACAGUUAGUGUUUAUCAUUGUCAUCAUUAACAUCAUCAUCAUAAUCAUCAUCAUGGUUAAUGGCCAUCAUAUUCUCAUCAUCAAAAGCCUAUUUUGGGUCGUUCUACCUUAACUCCCUGUAACAAAAAAAAAAGGUUAUGUGACUGACUUAUCAUAAAAGAUUGUGGCUUUUAUCCAUGAUUAUCUGAUUAAGUCGCCUAUUUAUUAAAAGUUAAAUCACCUUUAUGUCUCUAUGAUUUAUGUUUUUAUUAUUUGUUUAUCAGAUCAUAUUUAGGUAGAGGUUUGAAUCGAUUUUAAUCUGAAAUAAAUAAGGGUAUGUACAUGUAUGCCUAAUGGCCAUUUUCUGAUUGGUAACUAACUUGGUAUUAUUCAAUUUAUAAAAUGGAAAUUCAUUUUCUACAAAUCAUAGACUUGAAUGAAAUGUCCAUACAUGUACAUGUAGUGGACAAAAUGGUUCUUCUUUUCAUCAAAAAAUGAAAAAUAAGAAAAUGAGUUGGAAGAAGCUUCUGGAUUUUAUUUGGUUAUUUAAUAGUUUUGGUGUGUGAUGCAUAAAAUAUAGAAAUAUUAUUUAUCAUUUGCAAAAAAAACGUAGCUAGAAAAAUGAUAUACAGUGGACAUUGUAUUAUUGUAUUCAAAAGCUAUGCAUAACACAUCUUUCAUAAAUGUUUCUUUAAAUGGUAAUUCAUAAUAGAUAAUGUAUGCAGGUAAACUUGUGCAGACUAAAACAGGUAUUUAGUUUUUCUUGGCAAGUAGGAGAAGUUCAACCUAACAAAAAAAAUGAAAAUGAAAAAAAGAAAUAAAUGAUAACAACAAAAUAGAGAUGAAAAUAGGCAAAGUGCAGCCCAAUACAAGAUAUAAAGAUAACCAUGAGUUCUGGGAAUGGAAUCGCAGUUCAAAUGUGAGUUUUGUUGUGAAUUGUUUAUUAUGCAGUAGAUGGGUGUGGAAAUGAAAUUUACUGAAAACUGAAACACACAUUAUGCACAUGUUCAGGGUCAAGUGUUCUAGCUCUUGAUGUUGGGUCAAAGUUAAGUUUGAUUUAUAUUCUUUUUGCACAUGACCAAGUUUUUUUAUACAGUGAAAUCAAAAAUAUUUGUUUUCAUUGCCAGAACUCAAGAUAACCUGUGAUGAUCAUUCAAAUACAAUAUUCUUGUAUAAGAUUUUUGUGUAAAAUGUACAUGUAAAUAUGGCAGUCAGUAUUGAAUCAUAGCAUUUUUCUGCUAGUAUGGAAUGUCUUUCGGGUGUGGGGUUAAAAAUUUGUGGAAUGGUUUAAAUAAAUUUGCUGUAUGUACUGUAGGUACUACUAUGUAGUACUAAGUAGUUAAUUAAGUUUACACUCAGGGAUAAAAGAAAGUGGACACUGUUUAUAUUUAAGAUUAUCAAAAAAAAAUUAAUAUAUAAUUAUAGUUCAUAUAUCAAAAUAAACAUUAACUAAUUCUCUGCGCUGUUAAUCAUACCAUUCACACAUGAGUGAGCAUGGCCAUUUAACAAUAAAUUAGUCUCAGAAAGAAAAUGUCAAAAAAGGGGCAUCUGGCCAUUGAAAUGUUAAUAAGCAUUUUCAUCUUGCUGAGUCGAAAAAAUAAAAUAAAGACAAGCAACCCAAAAAAUAAAAGCGGGACCGUGCUACUUGCACCCUCUAUAUAGCCAACAAUGCCUAAGCGGUACCCGUUGGUCCCCCAUGAUCCCUUUUUCUUAUGUUAAUUGAGAGCGGAUUUGAUGAGAUAACCACCUGCCAGUGACCAUGCAGGGAGGUCUAAUCCCUCCUGGCCAAACUAGUGCAGAUAGGCUUCAAGAAAAAUGGGAAAGGAGAGGCAUCUUUACCAUGCUUGUCGAAUCCAAGCAAUCCUGAGACUACAGUUGACAUCCAGAGCUCAAUACUCAUUGUUUCUUAGUCUUUGUUUUCAGUGUUCAACAUGAAUAUUUUACAGAUGCACAUGAUCAUUAGCAUUUGAAUGGCUACUUGCACUAUUUUUAAAUUUCUUCUUACCGCUAAAUGAAUGAGCCCAUUCAAGCAUUAAAGUUCAAAACUUGAUCUUAAUUGCUAUUGGUAGAAUAGAAUUUUCCUUUAAUUUGAUGCAUACACAUGUAUAUUAUUAUAUUUCAUUGACGGUUUUUAAGAAAAUUUUGAACACUAAAGAGUGUCCACUUUCUUUUCUUGCUGAGUGUAGAUACAUGUAAGACUAUAAGUGUGGUGAAGUUUAUAAAAAAAAACAUAAAACGGUGUUUAUCCAAAAUAUCUGCAGUUGCUGUCGUAAAUCAUUGACUUUGACUUGUAUAAAGAAAUAAAAUGCUACUGGAUUACUAAAUUAAA